AUGUCGGACCAGUCACCUCCUCCGAAGCGGAUUCGGCUUGGCUCGCUUGCAGACGGCUUCCGUGGUGGAAGAAUCCGCCCGUUCAGUAAUUUGAGUCCAGGCCAUGCAUCUGAGCAGCAACUACAUGCUGCAGCACAGCAGACAGCCAGACGACUCAAUUCAGCAGGGUCUGCAGAGGACCGGCGCCAGCAAACGGCAGCUGCUGUUGAUACACAGUUGGAGGAGCAGCCCCAGGAUGCUGUGCCUUCUGCUGCAGAAGUACGGGAGAGAUGGCGGCGGCAGAAAGCUGUGCAGCGUGCGUCAGCCCUUCCUGAGUUACGGUUGUUGCAGCGGCAGCAGGAUGCUGCACGGCACGCGGGUGCACGUGCCGAUCCGGAUGUGAGGGCGCGGGAGCAGCUGCGUAACACUGCACAGCAUGCAGCUGUGCAUGCUGACCCGGCGGUGAGGGCACAGCAGCAGUUGCGUGAUGCUGCACAGCAUGCAGCUGCACAUGCUGACCCGGAGGUGAGGGCGCAACAGCAGCUGCAUAACACUGCACAGCAUGCCACUGCACAUGCUGACCCGGAGGUGAGGGUGCAGCAGCAGUUGCGUGAUGCUGCACAGCAUGCAGCUGCACGUGCUGACCCGGAGGUGAGGGCGCAGCAGCAGCUGCGUGAUGCUGCACAGCAUGCAGCUGCACGUGCUGACCCGGAAGUAAGGGCAUUCCAGCAGCAGCGGAACACAGCACAGCAUGCGGCUGCACGGCAGGCGCAGCAGCAUAACCAGCAGGCCGCCCCUAGGGAUACACUAUUAGCUCGCAUGCACCGUCUCCUGCGGUUCAUGGACCUCCAUCAGGAUGAAGCCAUUGACUUGCCCGACUUUCUUUUGGCGCUUCCAGAAGGCCGCGUGCAGGACCUUCCUGGCGGCCAGUUGCCGCUUGACAGGCAGGUACCAUACGCAGUACAGCUGCAAUGUGCAUCGACCAUGGCUGCUGCUUUGCGCCGGCGCAUGCCCUCCCGUGUCUGUGCUGUGUGCUCGGAAGUGUGCUCGGAGGACCAGUCGGCGGUGCUGCCCUGGAUGGAGAUCCCCAACGUUGACAUUUUACGUGCAGACAUCAUGUGUACGGACACUGUGCAGCGCUGCGUCUGUAUUUUUUUCGGUCGUCUAUAUCCUGAAGACCCGUCUAUUAGACGAGUCAUCUACAAUAGUUCGUCUAAAGUCGAGUCGUCUAUACAUGUCGUCUAUAGUCGAUUCAUCUAUUGUAGAUGA